AUGGCCUCCUCCGCACCAUCCAAGAUCCUCGUCUUCGGCGGCACCGGCACCAUCGGGCGGUACAUCACCACCUCGCUGCUAGCCGCCAACCCGGGCCCCGGCAAGGUCGUGCUGUUCACGUCUCCCGCCACGGCGUCGGCCAAGGCGGCGCAGCUGGACCGGUGGAAGACGGCCGGGCUGACCGUCAUCGAGGGCGACAUCACGAGCGAGGCGGACGUGCGAGCCGCGUACGCGAGCACCGGCGCCGACACGGUCGUCUCGGCCGUCGGGCGCGACGUCCUCGGCGCGCAGGUGGCGCUGAUCCGCCUGGCCGAGGAGUCCGGGACCGUGCGGUGGUUCCUGCCAUCCGAGUACGGCACCGACAUCGAGCACGGGCCGCGGAGCGCCGAGGAGAGACCGCACCGGCUGAAGCUGGAGGUGCGGAGGUACGUGCGUGAGAAUGUCAAGCGGCUAAAGGUCACAUACGUCGUCACGGGGCCGUAUUUCGAUAUGUGGGUUGACCUUUCGCCGGGGCUGGAGGCGGCGGGCGGGUUUGAUGUUGCGAACAAGCGGGCCUAUGUGAUUGAUGAUGGACAGGGUAGGGUUGGGUUUUGCACUAUGCGGGACGUGGGCAAGUUUGUCGCUGCAACGCUGAAACACCCCGAGCAAUCCUACGGCAAGGCUUUGAAGGUGCAGUCCUUCGUUGUCACGCCAAAACAGGUCUUGGCCGAGUAUGAGAAGCAGACGGGGGCCAAAUGGGCCGUGUCUUCCACAUCUCUCGAUGAUCUCAGGAAGUUGGAGGCAAAGGCGUGGGAGGAAGGCAACCCACGGGCUACCGGUGUGACCUUGAGAAGGAUAUGGGCCGAGGGCGGGACUCUGUACGAGAAGAAUGACAAUGGCCUUCUCGGCCUGGGCGAGGGAGACUUGGAUUCCUUGGAAGCGGGAGCCGAGCUGAACGCUCCACAAGAUGCCAUCACCUGCGCCCAGAAGUCCACGCCAGCGACCGUCAUGUCCGCCCUGCUCUCCCUCGCUCGCAAGCCCGAAACCGAUAGCACCCCCCGCUCGCUCCCGGACUGCAUUCCCAUGACGCCGGCCCAGUUCGCCACAGUCUCGUCCGCCUUCACGCUCGGCGGCCUCGGCGGGGCCCUUGCAGCGGGGCCCUUCGCCUCGACCCGCGGCCGCCUGCCGGCCAUGCGCAUCACCGCGGCCUUCUUCCUGCUAGGUUCUGUGGCCGAGACGCUAGCCGGGGGCAUCCCCGUCCUGGGCGCGGGCCGCCUCAUCGCGGGCGUCGGCGCCGGCGCCGCCACCGUGAUCGUGCCGCUGUACAUCAGCGAGGUGGCGCCCCCGCGGGAGCGCGGCCUGUUCGGCGCCUUCACGCAGAUCAGCAUCAACGUCGGCAUCCUGGCCACCCAGACCCUUGGCUACUUCCUCAGCCACGGCGCCGCCUGGCGCUGGAUCCUGGCCGCCGGCGUCGCCGUCGCGGCCGCCCAGGGCCUCGGACUGCUGCUCGUGCCCGAGAGCCCCGCCUGGACGGCUGCCUCGGGCGGUGACGUCGCGCGCGCGAGGAGGAUCCUGCAGCGCAUCCGCGGGACGGGCGUUGACGUCGGCGAAGAGGUCGACGGCUGGGGCGCCGGGAGCGGCAUCCCGGCGGUUUCCGCAGAGGAGCAGGGGUUGCUGGCUGGCGGCGACGGGGCCGUGGCGUUGGCGUCGCCGGUGUCGUCGGGCAAGGCGCCGGCGGAGCAUCUGGGCUUCGUCCAGGUCGUUCGGGAUCCGUCUUACAGGCCGGCCAUCGUCGCGGUCGUGGGCAUCGCCUUUGCGCAGCAGUUCUGCGGCAUCAAUUCCAUCAUCAUGUACUCGGUCGUGCUCCUAGCCGACUUGGUGCCUAUGAACUCGUCGCUGCUGACGAUCAUGAUCUCGGCCAUCAACCUCUUCACCACCAUUGCCUGCUCGCCGCUACCCGACCGGCUGGGCAGGAAGACCUGUCUGUUGCUCUCCAUCAUCGGCCAGGGCUCCAGCUCGCUAGCACUGGCGCUGUCUAUCAGGUUCGGCGUCAAGAUCCUGUCCGCCGUCUCGGUGCUGUUCUUCGUGGCCUUCUUCGCCGUCGGUCUUGGCCCCGUGCCCUUCAUCAUGGCAUCGGAACUGGUCGGCCAGGAGGCCGUCGGGGCGACGCAGUCGUGGUGCCUGAGCGCCAACUACGUGGCCACCUUCCUCGUGGCCCAGUUCUUCCCCAUCAUCAACGCCGCCCUGAACGAGCGCUUUGGCGGCGCCGGUUGGGUCUACUUUAUCUUUGCGGCAUUUGCCAUGCUCUGGUCCGUGUUUGUCGCUUGGAAUGUGCCGGAGACGAAGGGCAAGAAGGAUGCCGACGAGGUUUGGGGACGGACGAGACGGAUUGAUUGA